AUGACUAUUGCUGGGAUGAGCUUGGACUACUCUAAAUCCAGUUCAAAUGAUUUCUCAGCAAAACUGCCCUUUUGCAGUGGCAUCCCUUCUAGCUGGAGUCUUUUGGUCUCACUCUCAAGUGUGAUAUUCACUGCAGCAGGGAGAAAUGAGAAGUUGAUCAGAUCCACUCCUUCCAGUACUGCCUACACCUUUCUCCUCACUGAAACCUUCUUGUCAUUGCAAAGGACUCCUCUGCAUCUUGCUUGUAUAAAUGGCCAUGCAGAUGUUGUUCAGUUUCUGGUAGAAAAGAAGUGCAAGCUAAACCCUUGUGACAGACUGGAUAAAUCACCACUAAUAAAGGCAGUAGAGCACCAGCACAGGGACUGUGCAGCUAUUCUGCUGGAACAUGGUGCCAACCAGGACCACAGGGCUGUAAACGGUAACACCGCCCUUCACUUUGCUGUCAUGGCUUCUAGCAAAUCUCUAGUGAAGCUGUUACUUGAGCAUGGUGCAGAUAUUGAUGCUAAGAAUAAAGUAAGCUUGGACUUUGGGUAA